CCAACAAUCACAGAUUAGUCAUUGUUGGUCGCAGUUUAGAGGGGCAGACAGUCAGAGGUGGUAGAUUGAGUGAACAGUGACGGGUGUGGCAGAAAAAAUAACUGGUGACUGAACUUGGAUACAUUUGAAAAUUCAAAAGAUGAAACUACAGGCCGUACUUUGCCUCGUGCUGCAGCUCACUUUUGAGCUUUCGUCAUGCGUAAAUCUCCAGGUGGUACCUGGUUCCACUCUGGUGCUGCCCUGUCUCACAUUUCAAACUGACUACAGUGCAGCGACCAUCACCUGGCAAUUCAAUGGUGAAGAUGUGAGUGCUCAGACGCCUGGCUCGCCUAGAGUUAAACAGGAUGGCAUGUUUCUCUCUAUAUCCCCUGUUACUGUUGCCAACCAGGGCGAGUACUCGUGUUUGAUAAAGGAGGACAAUAUGGAGAUAAAAAGGUCAUUCGCUGUUACAGUUGAUGAUUCCAUUAGCUUUACCAUUAAGGUAGUGGAAGGCUACACUGCUCACCUCCCGUGCUAUUUCCCACCUUCCAGCCAAGUCGAGGCCAAUGCACUCUGGUUCAAAGAGGGGGGUUUGAACAAGAGGACACAGCUGAAUCCUGAAGACGAUUCAACAGCUGAUAAUAAGAGAUUGGAGCUGCUUUAUCCACUCGACCGUGAUCAGACCAUCAUAAUCAGAAACACUGGGAUGGAGGAUGCUGGACUUUACUAUUGUCAAUCUGCUGAGGGGGACACACUGAGCAAGGUACAUGUCCUUGUUGAAGUUGGUCCUACCGAUGUUCCUCACUCGUGCAGCGGUUUCGACACGCCGUGGGAGCCCUGCCAGGACGAGAACAGUCGCACAGGGGGACCCAUGUUGCAGGAAUCCAUCACAGAGUUUUCCAUGAAGCUGUAUUCUUACCUCAGGGAAUCACAACCCUCCAGCAACUUGCUCUUCUCUCCCAUCAGUAUCAGCGGGUUACUGUCCCACUUGUUGUUAGGUGCACGAGGUGAAACCCGUAGAGCGAUUGAGAGGGCCGUCUGCGUGCCUCAUGACUUCCACUGUGUUCACCACCAGAUGAAGAAGCUGAGAGACAAUCUGUCUGGCUCCUUGCAGAUGGCUUCUCAGAUCUACUAUAACCCACAAAUGAAUCUGAGUGAGUCCUUUACUAACCAGUCCAUCCAGUACUAUGAAGCGGAGCCCACCAUGCUGCUGGAAACCAGUGAGGAAAACACAGAGAUGAUCAACAGCUGGGUGGCAAAUAAGACCAACAAUAAAAUCGAACAUUUGGUUGACUCCGUACCACCCAGUACACAGCUGAUGCUGCUCAACGCUGUCUCCUUUAGUGGUCAGUGGAAGGUCAAGUAUGAAAUGAAACCCAAAAAAGGACUUUUCGCAAAACUGAACGGUGAUCUGGUGGGGGUGCCGAUUCUCUAUCACCCGAAAUACUCGGCGGCAAUGACGUACAUAGUUGAGCUAAAGGCACAGGUGGCGAGGCUCGCUCUCUCGGGUGACAGCAGUCUUUACAUCCUGCUGCCUCGCUCCAACACAGUGACUGACCUGCAGCAGGUGGAGAAGUUGAUGACGGACACAGCUGUGCGUCAAAUGAUUGAGCAAAUGAAAACAACAUCUCCUGAGCUAAUCGAGGUCACUCUGCCCCAAAUCAAGCUGGAUAUCCAACCAGACAUGAACAUGCUUAUCAAGAAAUUAGGACUGUCGUCACUCUUCGACGAUCCCAACGUGUGUGGUCUCUACUCCGAAGACAGGUUGGUUCUGGACGAUGCCAAACACAGAGCCUUCCUCGCACUGACCGAACAAGGAGUCGAGGCCGGGGCCAUCACCACUAUAUCGUUCUCUCGCUCCUUCCCUUCCUUCUCUGCCCUGCGGCCUUUCAUCAUGCUGCUGUGGAGCGACCAGGCCAAUGUGCCACUCUUUAUUGGCAGAGUGACCGAGCCAUGAGAGAUCAGAAAAGAGAGAGAGAGGGAAUGGAGAUGUAACAGAUGGGAAAAAAGGGCAGGAAAGAAUCAAAUAUAAACAAAGGAUGUCUGGUAGAAUGGAAAUACAUUCAAUUAUCUUACUGUGCUUUAACACAAUAUAAAUUCAGUAUCCGUAUUGUUUCAUUAGUUACUAAAGUGAGCAGUGACCCUCACAAAAACAUACAUCCAGGCCUGAGUGUGGAUUGUUCUCAAAGAUGAUGAUGAAUAAACACACAUUAACACACACA